AUGUCUGCAAAAUCGCAUAGUCCCAAUGGGUAUAUUCAAACUUUUAUUGAAAUAUCAAAAGGCAAGUCUGAGUGUUCACUUAGAGAUGUGGUUAAGUAUUUACAAACGAACAAAUAUGAUGGCCCUAUAAAAUUUUAUGUGACAUUGCUCGACACAAAUCACACAAACAAGAUGACCCAAAAUAUGUUUAUAAAAUUAAUGGAAUUACUUGAAGCUCAAAAUGAUUUAGACCGACUCCCAACUUUAAUAUUUAAAGCAAUUGACUCGGACAACUCUGGUUAUAUUGAACGAAAUGAAAUAGAGCCAGUGAUGUCGAAUGCACGCAAAUUUGGUGCUCAAGAUUUGUAUGAAUGUCUCAGAGAAGUUGGUCAGCGAAUUACAGUGACUGACUUUUGCACUUUAGUUCGACCAAUAUAUGAGUUUGCCCAAGAUUCUAUUACACACAAGGAAGUUGUGAAUAUAGCAUCUAAGAUGUUUGAUAACAAGUCCCAAGGCAGAAAAGAAAUUUCGAUUGAGGAAGCACACUCCUUAGUGAAGAUGCUUGGAGCCAAAAGUGAUGUUGAACUCUACACCAGUUUUGCUGAUGUUGAUGGCAAUAACAAAGUGGAUAAAGUAGAGUUUGUACAUUUAGCAACAGUGUUAAAAGAGUAUUUGCAGGCUUUUAAACACCGAAGAAGUCAAUUACAAGGAGUGGGGUUAAAUGAUCCAGAAUCAUUUUGUAUAACUGCCAGAUUCUACUUUAAAAUGCUUGAUAAUGAUGAGAAUGGUGUGAUUUCUCCUGAGGAAUUAUGUGUUGGUGCAUCUAAAUUUAAGAAUAUGGAAGAAGGAGAUGUUUUGAAAAAUGCUCAAAAGUAUGUUGAAGAAAGUGGAUGUAUCAAUUUUGAAGUGUUUAAAAAAUGUUUGCAGAGUUUCUGA